UGCCUCAGUCUAACACACUCGUGCAGUUGUGGAUGCUUCACUGGAUUCUGGGAGGAUUAAACUGAACUUCUGAUUGACAAACACCAUGAUGCAGAUUUCAAACUGUACAAACUGAGAGACCUUUACCUGCUGCAGGGGGGGAGAAAACUUUUCUUCAAUGUCUAAUUAAGGGAGUUUUUGUUCUAAACCAAAAUCAUGUUCAACACCUACAUAAAGAGUCUGAAUGAUAUGGUAUUUUCCACGUCUGAGACCCCCGACGAGCAGCCGAGCACCGGGGUCCUGGGCCGUAUUGGGAGCUGGUUAUCUCCAUGGAAGGCAAAGGGUCCAAAGAGUCCCACUGAAGAUGACUCCCCAACCAGUGAUCAGGCUCGUUGGUCAGGGGAAGGCAAGGAGAGUGAGGAGUCUGUGAGACCCUGGGCGGGGGAACAACAGUGGAAGGAGAAGGAGGAGGAGAAGGACCACAGCUCUGGUCCCAAUACGCUGGGACUCUCCAGAGACAGUUUCCUUUGUGAGAGGAGGGACGCCACACAGUCUGCCCGCAGACACGACUCUGCUGGCGCUGACCGGGCCCACACCCAGAGACAAGCACAGGCCCAGGCAGGCAGGAGGCUCCAUGUGUACCUGGAGGACACCAGCGUGUUUCACCACGGCCAGGACACAACAAAGGAAGUCGUUCGCACUAAAGUCCCAAAAAGCCUACAGAUCCUCCAAAAGACAAAAUCAUCCCCUAGUUUAGAUCUACCAAACAGCCCAACCUCAACAAGUGCAGAGAGCAGAGGGACAAAUGUGAGGCCUGCAGCUGAGGCACAGAGUUAUUACAGCGAUCCAGUGGGAGUGCCACGGAAAUCACACAAAGACCCAGAGUUAGAGCCUGAACUUGAUCAAGAGCAAACAGAGGCAGACAGCAUGGGGCGUAAAAAUCCAGCCAAGAGGAGACAGAGAAAGAACUCUCAGGGAGAUGGGGGGAGCAGCCCCCAGGAGAAAAUGCCUCCCAGUGCACAGCCUGUCCCAGAGGGUUCCCUCUCAUCAGAUAACCCAGUGACCAGUGCUCAGGGCAAAAGUCCAAGCACUCACAUGGGAGAGCCGUCUGAAAACUCCUCCCCCAAUCUAAACCUCACCUCUCAGGCCUUGCCUAAGGGAGGGGAAAACAAGACUUCCUGCUCUGAUAGCGACAAGCAAUUGGACAGCUUCCAGGAUUCAAACUCAGUCGUUGCAGACACUCUGGUGCGGGCGGUUGAUGGGGACGCAGACAUGGAGGAGGACAGCAGCCUUUACAAAGUGGAGAGGAAGACGGAGACGCCGGAGUCUAAACGCAGGAGUAUGAAGGUUUCCCGGAGCGAGGUGAAGUUCUUUAGUAAACAUGUGCCGCUGAAACCCGGGCAAAAUCCAGCGGGAGACGGCCAGGAUUAUAAAUCUAAGUCAAAGAAUGACCAAGGCGAAGAAAAGGAAAAACCCAAACCGGAGACUAAUGCAAGACUACAAGAUCCGAAGAAAACCGCAGAGGAGCCAAAACAAGUCGUCGGUCGGAUCACAGAUAAAAUCAGCCUCUUUGAGCGCCAGCAGGGGGUGGAGGGCUUCAAGAAGACCUUCCAAACCCCGAGAAGCGCCGACGUCUCUCCGGUCAGGAGAGCCACAGACAGGCUGAAAGCAAUUCCCGAGUUGUCAUUCCAGAGGUCAAAAUCGGCCGAACGCCACGACACGAUCAAGUCCAAGGCCGGGCCACUGGUUGGGGAGAAACCAAUGACAAUCAAGGAACGAGUGAGGAACUUAACGGAGGCCUCGAAGUCAGAGGCUAAGCCUGCACUGCCACAGAAGCAAACCAUGACAGGAAUGUCUCAAAAAUCCACAUCCUCUUUGGCAGCCGCUGCCGUAGAGUUGCCAGAACGGGACAGUCAGGGUAAACUGGAUGCGAAAACAGCCAAGUCAGAGAUAACAAUAAAACCUGAUGGACGAGAUACCACGUCCGUAGGGGUAAAUAUUUCCAUUCCAAAGGAUCAACCGACAGACUCUAAGAAAACAGACACAGCGACCUAUAAAGCAGGAGAUCAGGGUGUGAAACCUAAGAACAUUGAGUCAGACAUAUCGGCUAAAGUAACGGCUGAUUCUUCAGAAACCGCUGGUGACAUUAGUCAGCUGCCCAAGGGUCCGAGCAGAACGGGCUCGCGCUCUAAAAGAAGGAAAAGCAGAGAUCCUAAAAGUCCCCUCAGCCCAGACAGCGAAAACAGAUCUACACCCAGAGAGCCUACAAGUCCCAUCAGCCCAAACAAGCAGGUGGAUAAUACAGUGGUGUCUGCCUCCAAAAAGCUCACAGCCAAAGUUUCAUCCUCAUCUGAUGAAGGAAACACAUCAGAAAAACCUUCGCUGUCUGAUGCCAAACAAAAAGCUUUUAAAAAGGAAGCGGAUGUUUCUGAAAAACUGAAAAAGCAGGUUGACUCCUCACUUACAAAGAAGAAUGUUGACAAACCAGCGAACGCACAGAAGGGACUCCCUGAUCCGUCUGUCAACAGAGACGAACCUGAUGCCCCCGUUCGUAACAGAGGAACAAGGAAGCCCAUUGACAAGGAUCCUGUAACUUUACCCCGAAAGGAGGAAAAGGCCGGGGGUCUGGUGUUCACACAGGAGAGAGAAAAGGCCUCCAAGGGCAGCGGGGAGAAUUCAGCCCCCUCUCCCUCUGCUGACCAGCCUCCCUCGAAGGAGCAGGCCUCACCGGUUGAAAACCUCAAAUUAGAUAAAGAGUGUGCUGUUCAACACGACUCGAGAAGCAAAGAAAAAGUGAGGCAGCCCGGUCAGAGAGACAAAGGGCAAAAAUCGCAACCUCAAGACAAGAACACGGACUCGAUAAAGCCGACUGAGAGGGAGGAUGCCGAGAGGCAAGAGAAGUCGGGGAGUGAAAAUGCAAAUCAGACUGAGAAGAAAGACAAAGAUAAAACACAGCUGCUCCAGCGUUCAGAUUCCAAGACAGAGGGUGGUCAAGGUGACUCGGGGAAGGAGGGAAAGGCUGCGAAGGGCGAUGAAAGAAAAGUCGCUGAAAGAAAAGAGGAGCACAUAAAAGACAGGAUAAAACAGGAAGCUGACAAACCAGAGGCAUCAGAAAAGACCAGCAGAUCAUCAGACGAUCACAAAGGUCAAAAAGGUGAUAUUUGUGCCGUCGUCGAGGCUAAUGAGACGGUGAAUCAGACCAAGCCUGAUAAAGGGCCUUUGAAGGGAGCAAUAGAAACAAAAGUGCGAACAGAAAGCUCUGGAACAGAAGUAGGUCCCGUGGUCAUUGCAGCCGAACCACAGCCUAAUUCUGUAUCAGUGGAAAAAACGAAGCAUUCGCUCGAUGACUCACAUACAGACAGAGCUAAUGAUGUCGAGUUCUCCAGCUCCGAGCCUAAUUCCAAAGCAAAAGCAGCGGCCGAGGAGGUGUCCAUAAAAGCCUCCAAUUACACUCCAGCUCUGAUAAAUGUACAGACGGGCAAUAUGGCAAAGGAAGAGCCUUCUCCUAUUUCUGUCUCUAAACCUAAGAGAAGCCCGAGAGCAGGGCAGGAUGACAGGAAAACCACUGUUAAAGCAGAGCUCUCAGAGGAGAAAAUCUCAGGAGAUGUAGCAAAACUAGUCCCGAGCUCUACUCGCAUGAGCACAGAAGAAAAAGCAGGGCGCCGUCCUGAUAGUAACACUUUAAAACCCACAGUUCAUGAGACAGAGAGGACAGCUGAGGAAACAUCCAGGCCGCUACCAAACGAGCGUCCUCUAGUUCCUAAUGGUGACGUCUUGUCACAUUCACAGCUCCUCACAGUCAAAAAGGAAGCAGGCGAUAACAAGCCAAGUCAAAAAGCACCCACUUCCCCAGAGGCUGAGAAACUGACCCCAGGGUCACCCCAGCGUUCGCCCAUGAAGAAGCUCCAUUUGCCGCGGGGACUAAGCAGAGACGAUGCUACGAGACAACAAGACGCUCCCUCGAGCUGGCUGGAUGUGGACUUCCCCAAACGGAGGCUUAAAGUCUCCGAGCCCAAACUGAGCUAUUCUGGGAGUGAAAGCAACCUCCUGGACACUGAUCUGGACGACGAAGAUUUUGUCGAGAAGAUCAAGAAACUUUGCGCCCCCUUCUCCUUCCCGCCACGCAAACACACCCAGCUUAGGCCACCUCAGCCCCUCUUUGCCAUGCCGGCGAUCAAAGAGGCCCGCUUCGAAAAGACGUUUGACCCCGAGGAGUUUAAGUUCGGCUUGAGGAAGAAGGAUCAGUUCAACUAUGAAACGCCGAGCAUGUUAGCCAAGCUCAAGAAAACCGAGAAGAAAUCUGCUGUGAAGCCCGCAAGGGCCAGUUUGGCCGAUAGGUGCCUGCUGCUCAGCAGCCUGGAGAACGACUCUCGGCACAGGGAGAAAACCCCAGUGAAUGAUGAGGAUGAUGACAAAGAGGAGAAAGACAAUAAGGUCAGGGUGAAGUCUCGCUUGGAGGGGAGCUGUGUCCUCAGCAGCCUCACCUCCACCAGCUUCAGAGGGAAGAGGAACGGAGCUCAAACACAGGCGGACGCCAGCAGCUCUGGGGAUGUUUCUCCCACCAGCCCCCCCCAGCUGAGCCCUCCACCCAUGCCAAGCCCGACGGCCCACGCACCAGUCAAAGACACACUGGCCAAGCAGAGCUCUGCCCUGAGCGGCAGAGAGGAAGCCCAGGCCGCGGAGGCUGUGGUCAAUGACUCAGGUCCUCCGCUUCCUUCCUUUAACGACAUCAAGCUGCCAGACUAUUUGGAGAAGUUCCUCCAGCGGGAACCAGCAAAACCAGUGCUAAGCACACAAGGACAAGAGGAAGUCAAUAGAAAGGUUAUCGAGAAAAUGACGACUGUGGUUCCUGGAGGUGAAGCAGACAUGGCUGUAAAACCAGGUCCGCUGCUUCCUGAGGCUGUUCCUCCACGUUUCCCUGGGAUUCCUCCGAACAAACAUCCUGCUCUGCCUGAGAGGCCUCUGGCUCAGCCGCAUGAGAAACCUGCUCAUCAUAUAAGAGUCGACAAGGGAUUUCACAAGCGUCCUGGAAAGAUGGUGUUAUUUGAGAAACCGGAGUUCGGUGGCCAAGCGUAUGAGAUUCACAGGGAUGUAGCAGAUGCCACGGCUCUGCAGCUCUCGCCCCUCAUAUCUGUGAAGGUUGUCAGAGGAUGCUGGGUGCUCUACGAGAAACCCGACUUCCAGGGCCGCACCAUCGCCUUGGAGGAGGGGGGGAUAGAGCUGACAAACAUGUGGGCCGAGCCCGCUUCGGAGACGGAACCACAAAACCUCCCGCCCAUGCUGAUUGGCUCUGUUCGACUUGCUGUCUGGGAUUACAGCAUACCCCAUAUUGAUCUGUUUACUGAACCAGAGGGCCACGGGAGAGUAACACCGUACCACGAUGACACAAUAGAGACGGGCUCGUUUGGCGUCCCGCUGAGCACGGCUUCCAUCCAAGUGCACUCUGGGGUGUGGCUGCUGUUCAGUGACCCGGGGUUCCAGGGUAUGCUGGCUGUGCUGGAGACAGGAGUGUACCCUUUUCCUGAGGCCUGGGGUUUCCCCUCACCCUUCGUGGGAUCUCUCAGACCUCUGAGAAUGGGGACUUUCAAAGUGGAGAAUCCCAAUGAAGUCAAGGCUGUGGUGUAUGAGCAGCCCGGCUUCGAAGGCUGCUUUUUGGAAAUCGACAGUGAUGUUUUCAGCUUUUGCGAGGAUGAUGUAGACGUUGCCGCAGACGCUGAAAACCUCGACACUAACAAGCUGAAGGCUGUGGGUUCAUUGAAGAUCAUCGGAGGACUCUGGGUGGGCUACAGCCAGCCGGGGUUCGAGGGCCAACAGCACAUCCUGGAGGAAGGAGAGUACCUGGACUGCAGCGAAUGGGGGGGCUCGGAGCAGCUGCUGUCAAUCAGACCAAUACUGACUGAUUUCUUGUCGCCCCACCUGAAAAUGUUCAGCGACAGAGAUUUCGGGAAGCUGGGAGUGAACAUAGACCUCACGGGGCCCGUCAUUAACAUGGACGACACGGGCUACGGCGUGAAGACGCAGUCGAUAGAUGUCAUCGGUGGCGUCUGGGUGGUGUUUGAAGAACCAGGCUUUUGUGGCGAGUCCUACAUCCUGGAGAAAGGCCUGUAUGGGAGCCCGGAGGACUGGGGAGGGCUGCAGCCCAGAGUUGCCUCAGCGAUGACUGUCAUUCUGGAUGAUUUCGAGAACGCAGCCAAGUUUAAGGUGCAGCUUUACUCUGAUCCCGGUUUUCAAGGCUCCGUCGUGGCUCUGGAGGACGGCGCCGCCUCCCUGCAAGACGGCUUCUCUGUGGCCUCCUGCAAGGUUGUGGCUGGCAACUGGGUGGCGUUUGAGGCUGAGGCGUUCACAGGCCGGAUGUAUGUGUUAGAAAUCGGGAGCUACCCAGACCUGAGGUCGAUGGGCUGUGCUGACGGCAGCUCCUCCAUCCUCUCGCUGCAGACUGUCGGCUUUGAGUUCUCGCUGCCGUCCAUCACUCUUUUCGAGCGCUGCGGUCUGCGGGGGAAGAGGCUGGUGCUGACCGACGGCUGCGUUAACCUUCAGCUGGCUGGAGGCUGCAGCCGGGUUCAGUCUGUGCUCGUGGAAGGAGGCAUGUGGAUUCUUUACGAGGGAAUCAACUACCUGGGAGCUCAGAUUCUACUGAAACCCGAUGAGAUUCACGACUGGCGGAAGCUCAGCAGCUGGAACAAAAUCGGAUCCCUCCGCCCUCUGUUACAGAAGCAGGUGCACUUCCGUGUGAGGAACCGACAUUCGGGGCUCAUGAUGUCAGUGACGGGGGAUUUAGACGAAGUUAAACUGAUGCGGAUACAAGAGACAGAGGAGACGGGCGAAUUCGAGCAGAUCUGGAUCCAUCAGAACGGACAUCUCCACUGCAAGCUGCUGGAGGAGUACUGCCUGGGUCCCAGCGGCAGCCUGACGAUGGCAGGAAGCCGCGUGGGUCUCACCCAAGAGUCGGGCGACCACGUCCACCUCUGGAGUAUCACCCCCGACGGCUUUAUCCGCUACACCCACUCCUCUAAUCUGGUCCUGGAAGUCAAAGGGGGCCACAACUACGACAAAAACCAAGUCAUUCUGAACACCCUCGACGCAAAUAAACCCCAACAAAGGUGGGAUGUGGAGAUUAUCUGAGAAACCUCCGAAGCUGCUCGACAGGAUCUUAAUAUCAGCCGAGGCACAGCCGCGUGACGAGUGCUGGAGGACGAGGUACGCUGGAGCAGAGCGGAGAGGAUAUGGAUCUCUCCCGGAGAAUGUACGAAUACCCACUGAAUAUGCAAAUAGAAGUCUGAACUCGUAAUACUUCAUAUUUUACACUUCCAGUAAUAUAUCCAAAGAUUUGUAUUUUAUCUUUUCGUUGAAUAAAUCUGUUUGCCCUGAUGUUAAUUAACUUAAAACAGUGUUAACACGUCUUCCUGUAUUUGUAUUCGACGUUCCUCAGUAUAUUCCAGCUGCACGCACAGAAAGGAAACAAAAAACAAUAUCUCCUGAAAUGUCUUUUAUCGGUUUUUUAAUCAACACCAUACACACAAGUCUUUUGUUAACAAAAUAAAAGUAUUUUUGUCAAUAAAUACAUUGUACAGUAGAAUGAGCAGGUACUUGGUGUACUACAGUGUGGAAGCGCAUAAAGUGUCAUUAUUUGUUGUUCCCUCACAGGCUUUUUCUGCUCAGAGUAAUAACAUGAGAUGCAUGAUGGGAAAAAUGAGCGCUCAUGGAGACAAAUGUAAAAUAAUGUAAAUAGUUAUCUGCCUUAUCGUGCUGCUUCACCUUGUACUGGACAUAAACGCAUCUAUUGACAAACA